GGCACUUCACCCAAGCGAUGCGGGGACGAGGCCAGAUAGUCAUGCGUGCAUCGAAUCUUGCCGUCGACGGAAGAGCCUUCAACCAGCCGAUGGCCGCAUCUGGCAUACUCGCACACCGCAUGGAGAGGACUAUAUGAGGUGCCCGCCGCAUGCCAUCUCAAGGCUGGAUACGGCAGUCGUCUCCUUGCUUCUCUCUUCGAGCGGCCAUGCAGUUAUCUCUUCGCACACUGGCACUGCUUGCCGUUCCGGCCCAUUUCUCAGUGGCUUCGCCGGUCCAUGGCUCACAUGAAGGCCGCAUAGUCCGCAACGAUGCUUUUGCGGUCCAGGGAGCAUCCUGGCCGAACAACAUCGACGUCGACUUCUUUGGGAACAUACCCUACGCAGAGCCGCCCAUUGGAGACCGACGUUUCAGGCCGCCAGUUACGAAAGCUCCAGUGCCGGAUACUGUCAUCAAUGGAUCGUGGUUUGGACCAUCAUGCGUGCAAUAUUCGAACGGUGCCACAACUGUCUACUCGCAGUACUUGACGGGCUUCCUUCUAUCUCCUGGCCAGACUCAGGAUGAAGACUGCCUGACACUCAAUGUGUGGGCUCCGAAAGGUACAAGGGAGGGCGAUAACAAGGCGGUGAUGAUAUGGAUCCACGGCGGCGGCCACACGAGCGGCGGUUCUGCAAGCCCGUACAAGUAUGGUGAUCGCCUUGCUGCGGAUCAAGAUGUCAUCGUCGUGUCUAUGAACUACCGCUUGAACAUCUUCGGCUAUCCAGGUGCCGCUGCGCUGGAUGGGAGGAAUCUCAAUCCCGGCUUGAUGGACCAGCGCAAGGCCGUCGAAUGGACCUAUAAUAACAUCAACGCUUUCGGCGGAGAUCCGAAACACAUGACUUUGUUCGGACAGAGCGCCGGCGGUACCAGCGUGGACUACUACAACUACGCCUACUGGCAGGAUCCGUUAAUAGCUGGCUUCAUCACGCAGUCUGGGGUUGCCAAAGACGAAGACGAAUAUGAUGCUUCCGGAAGUAACUUCACCUACGUCGCCUCGGCAGUGGGAUGUGGCGACGACACCACCAACAAAGACGAACUCUUCAAAUGCAUGCAGACCGUCGACGCCACCGCAAUCAUCAACGUGUACAACAACUACAACGCCACCCUGAACGGAGGCAAAUCACUCUCCUUCUCUACCCGUGCGGACAACCAGACCAAGUUCUCCAACUACACCGACCUGCAAGCCCGCGGCCUCUUCGCUCGCCUCCCCACAAUCUACGCCCAGGUCAACAACGAAGGCACCUCACUCAUCCAGUAUAACGAGUCCGGUGUCAACCAGACCGAAGCCGACGCCCGAACCCUCAGCCUCGCCACUUGUCCUGGCGCAGCGGCCAGCGCUGCUCGAGUCGCGUACGACGUUCCCGUCUGGAGGACCAGGUAUUUUGGCGAAUGGCCGAAUUUAAAUCCGUUGAGCUGGCUGGGCGCAUAUCAUUCCAGCGACAUUCCUCUGAUUUUUGGAACCUUGGAUCUUCGAGGGCCGGAUACGGAGCAGGAGCGGAAGGUUUCGGAGGACUUUCAGACGGCUUGGGCUACGUUUGCGAAGGAUCCGGCUGCUGGUUUGGUGGAGUAUGGAUGGCCGACGUACAAGCCAGACGAGAAGACGUUGGUAGAGCUGGGUGUUCAGGGCAGGACCUCUGCGACUUUCGACGUUGGAACGGCUUUCGAUGGACCAUGUGCUGACCUUCGACGACGACGAUGGUAA